AUGAGACUUUCAAGCAUAAGAAAGACAGCAAAAAUUUUCUUGCUUGUGGGAGCUCUUGUCGCGGUCGUCUAUCUCUGGAAAGACUCUACUGAGCACAAAACCAUCGGCCUCAAAGUCAAUGUGAGAAAGAAUGCCAGUCAAAUGAUGACAUUAUCACCCACUAAAAACACAUCCUACACAUACUCCUGGCCAGUAUGUCAACAAAAUAUGUCUGCUGUCAAAAUCACAAACUUCAGCUCACUUCCUGGUCAUAUACAAGACUUUCUCUAUUAUCGACAUUGUCGCCAUUUUCCCAUGCUACUCGACGUUCCUGACAAAUGUGGAGGAGCUGAUGAAUCUGCAAAAGUCUUUCUUCUGCUGGUCAUUAAAAGCUCCCCUUUAAACUACGACCGCAGAGAGGUGCUGCGCAAAACCUGGGCUGAAGAGAGGUUACACAAUGGUGUUUGGAUACGAAGGAUCUUCAUCUCAGGAACGACAGGUACUGGUUUUCAGAAACAGAGACUGAGCAAACUCCUUAAAAUAGAGCACCGCAAGUACAAUGACAUCCUCCAAUGGGACUUCAGUGACACAUUCUUUAACCUCACCUUGAAGCAGAUACUCUUCCUAGAAUGGAUGGAAAGAAACUGUCCACAGGCUCGCUUCCUGCUUAAUGGUGAUGAUGACGUCUUUGCCCACACAGAAAACAUGGUUGAGUAUCUCCAAAGCUUCAAGGACAACAAUGGAAGCAAGCAUCUCUUUACUGGCCAUCUGAUCCAGAAUGUGGGGCCCAUUCGAUUGCCAGAGUACAAGUAUUUUGUUCCCGUUCAGGUGGAGGAGUCAGACUCAUUUCCACCAUACUGUGGUGGGGGCGGCUUCCUGCUGUCUGGCUACACAGCUUUGGUCAUAUACAAUAUGUCCCAUACCAUUAACAUUCUUCCCAUUGACGAUGCUUACAUGGGAAUGUGCCUGGCUAAAGCAGGACUCAGACCUGAUUCCCAUAUUGGUGUGAAGACCGCAGGACUGUUCUAUCCCAACUAUCCCUCCAGCAAAGUAGAUGAAUUAGAAACUUGCUUAUAUAAAGACAUCCUGCUUGUACACAGAUUCCUUCCAGCUCACAUGUAUCUUAUGUGGCAAAACUUACAUGACCCUAAUCUGAAUUGUGAUACCAAUAAAAAAUGA